AUGUGGGACCUCGGGCUGGACACCUGGUUGUUGGCCAAACUCUCGCCCGCCUGUGGGGCAACUUCUGGUGGCCUGGUAUGGCCGGAGAUGUCAUGGAGUUGGUAA